GGUGCUUGCUGGCCGCGGGGAACCCGUCCGUGUUGACAGUGGGCAGUGGAGCCUCCGCCUUGCCAGCCGAAGCGAUAUAAAGCCACCCCGAGGUCCACGCCACCGCUGCCCGCUGAUGACCAUGAAGGCUGUCGUCCUCACCCUGCUGGCCAUCGGCCUGGCCCUGCAGCCAAGCGGUGCCCUGCAGUGCUACUCCUGUGAGGCCCAGGUGAGCAACCAGAACUGCCUGCACGUGAAGAAUUGCACCCACUCUGAUACCCAGUGCUGGACCGAGCGCAUCCGUGCUGUUGGCUUCCUGACCGUCAUUAGCAAGGGCUGCACCUCGCACUGUGUGGAUGACUCCCAGAACUACUACUUGGGCAAGAAGAACAUCACGUGUUGCUCCAGUGACCUGUGCAAUGCCAACGGGGCCCAUGCCCUGCAGCCAGCUCUUGUCACCCUGGCACUGCUCACUGCUCUCGGUGGCCUGCUGCUCUGGGGCCCUAGCCGGAUGUAGGAGGCAGGAGGACCCCACUGUGUCCCAGGGGCCCCAGGGCACUCUUCAUACACACCUGGUCCAGUCGAGGCCCCUCCUGGAUCCUAACUCGGGUCGGGCCAUGCCCCUCUGCCCUUUCUAGCCUUCCAUGGCUUCCUAGGACCCCUGCCCAGCUCCCACUGCCCAGCAGGCUGGGCUGUAUUGAUGCGCGACAGCCUGCACACGGCCCACACAACCCCCACAUUCCAACCCACUCCUUAAUCCUCGCUUAGGCAUACUCUUCCUCCAGGAAGCCUUCCCUGACCACUCCCUCCACCUCUACCUGCUGAGCCAUGUCCCACUCAUAGGGUCACCUGUAACCAGCAAGGAACAGGCACUCAGGAGGGCCCCACAAAGGCUGAGAUGAAAUUGUACUGAGUAGAAUUAGGGGCAGGGAGUGAGAGGUCCUGGGACCCCCAAGAGAUGGGGUGUGGAGGGGGUUCAGCUCCCAAUGUCCCUGGGAGUCCUGGAGCAGUAACCCCUGCACCCAGUAGGCCCUUAAUAAAGUCCCAUUGACUUAGCUGCA